UGGAGGAGGUGGAGGCUUGAUAAACUCAGUCGCAGCUCUGCAGACUCUCACUUCUGUCCUGCCCCCGCCCCCACAUCCCAGCAGGCCCUGCACCACCACGUGUGACUCGGUGUCGUAGUGUCGUUGCUCGUCUACAGCGCCCCCUGCAGUCAUGUGUGAUGACGAGGAGAGCACCGCUCUGGUCUGCGAUAACGGAUCCGGUCUCUGCAAAGCCGGAUUUGCCGGAGACGACGCUCCCAGAGCCGUCUUUCCCUCCAUCGUGGGCCGGCCCCGGCACCAGGGAGUGAUGGUGGGCAUGGGGCAGAAGGACAGCUACGUGGGUGACGAGGCUCAGAGUAAGAGAGGAAUCCUGACCCUGAAGUACCCCAUCGAACACGGCAUCAUCACUAACUGGGACGACAUGGAGAAGAUAUGGCACCACUCGUUCUACAACGAGCUGCGAGUGGCUCCAGAGGAACAUCCCACCCUGCUGACUGAGGCGCCACUCAACCCCAAAGCUAACAGGGAGAAGAUGACACAGAUCAUGUUCGAGACCUUCAACGUUCCUGCCAUGUAUGUGGCCAUCCAGGCCGUCCUAUCACUGUACGCCUCAGGACGUACCACAGGUAUCGUCCUGGACUCAGGUGAUGGCGUCACCCACAAUGUGCCGAUCUACGAGGGCUACGCCCUACCUCAUGCCAUCAUGAGGUUGGACCUGGCGGGCCGCGACCUCACCGACUACCUCAUGAAGAUCUUGACCGAGCGAGGCUACAGCUUUGUCACCACCGCGGAGAGAGAGAUCGUGCGGGACAUCAAGGAAAAGCUGUGCUACGUGGCUCUGGACUUUGAGAAUGAGAUGGGGACAGCCGCCACCUCGUCCUCGCUGGAGAAGAGCUACGAGCUUCCUGACGGGCAGGUCAUCACCAUUGGCAAUGAGAGGUUCCGCUGCCCUGAGACGCUAUUCCAGCCCUCCUUCAUCGGUAUGGAGUCGGCCGGCAUCCACGAGACCACCUACAACAGCAUCAUGAAGUGUGACAUCGACAUCCGUAAAGACCUGUACGCCAACAACGUGCUGUCUGGGGGAACCACCAUGUACCCGGGAAUCGCAGACCGCAUGCAGAAGGAGAUCACCGCUCUGGCCCCCAGCACCAUGAAGAUCAAGAUCAUCGCUCCCCCGGAGAGGAAGUACUCGGUGUGGAUCGGCGGUUCCAUCCUGGCCUCGCUCUCCACCUUCCAGCAGAUGUGGAUCAGCAAGCAGGAGUACGACGAGGCCGGACCCUCCAUUGUCCACCGCAAGUGCUUCUAAAGGCUGCGCCCGGGCCUUCAAGCCCCGCCCCCUUCGCCUUUAGCACAACGUUAUUUUAGCCUGCACUGAGCACCCGCUAACAGACCCCAGAUCAGACACAGAAAUCAGGCCCGCAGGGACGACAGGAAGUCAGAGCGCUCAACAGCGUUAACUUCAGAGGACAGAAAGUGAUGUCAUGUUUGUUUUUGAAGAACUUCCAGAAAGUCAAACAUCCUCCCUCUCUGCUCACCUUCAAACUGUGAAUGUGCCACUUGCCCUCUGCAACCCCACCACCCCACAUUCCACCUGUGGCCCCGCCCCCUCUGAGCUCCAUGUUGGUGCUGUUUCCUGUCAGAAAGUGCGUUUUUAUUUUUGAUGAAUAAAGCUUGAAUGUUGCCCGCUGGUGUCGUCUUCUAUCGAUCACAUUCACGCGGCGCUCUGAUGAUGUCACACGGUGUAUGAUGAUGUCACUGCUGUUGACCUGUGGGUAGGUGUGACCUCGUGGUGCUAUCUGUAUUAGUAACAUUUGACAAGGUGGUGAUGUGAACGUGGAAGUGGCGGUUGAAUGAACCCAGGAAGACAAUAAAGCGCUCUCAUACCUGAA